AUGAGGAAAGCAGAACUUCCACAAAACCUGCUGGUUCUGACUGUGGCCACCAAGCAGACUGAGGGAUUCCAACGCUUCAGGAGAUCAGCCCAAUUCUUCAACUACAAAAUCCAGGUGCUGGGGCUGGAUGAGGAGUGGCAGGGUGGAGAUGACCAGCAGCCAGCUGGAGGGGGGCAGAAGGUUCGUCUGCUCAAGUCAGCUCUGAAGCAGUAUGGGGAUAAGAAGGAUUUGAUCAUCCUUUUUGUGGAAAGCUACGAUGUGCUCUUUGCUUCAGGCCCCACAGAACUGCUGAAGAAGUUCAAACAAGCCAAAAGUAAGGUGGUUUUCUCAGCAGAGAAUUACAUCUAUCCUGACAGAAAGCUGGAAGCCAAGUACCCUCAGGUGCGAGAUGGAAAGCGCUUCCUGGGUUCUGGAGGCUUCAUAGGUUAUGCUCCAAACCUGAAGAAGCUUGUGGAGGACUGGAAAGGAGAGGAUGAUGACAGUGACCAGCUCUUCUAUACAAAAAUCUUCUUGGAUCCACAAAAAAGAGAAAGUAUCAACAUCACUCUAGACCACAGAAGCCGGAUCUUCCAAAACCUAAAUGGAGCAUUAGAUGAGAUAGUUCUGAAGUUUGAAAACGCACGAGUGAGAGCAAGAAACUUGUUAUAUGACACUCUGCCUGUGGUGAUCCAUGGAAAUGGACCCACCAAGCUGCAGCUGAACUACCUGGGAAACUACAUUCCUCAAAUUUGGACAUUUGAGACUGGCUGCACGGUGUGUGAUGAGGGUCUGCGGAGCCUUUCGGGGUUUAAGGAUGAGGCACUGCCAAUGAUUCUGAUUGGCAUUUUCAUCGAGCAGCCCACCCCUUUCCUCUCCCAGUUCUUCUUGCGGCUUCGUGACCUCCAUUACCCAAAGCAGCGAAUCCAGCUCUUCAUUCACAACCAUGAGGAACAUCACUUGAUGGAGGUGGACUCCUUUGUAGAGGAGCAUGGCAAAGAAUAUCUCGCUGUCAAAGUGAUCGGGCCAGAUGAUGAGGUGGAGAAUGCUGAGGCACGUAACCUGGGCAUGGAUUUGUGCAGGAAGGAUCCUGACUGUGACUAUUACUUUAGCCUGGAUGCUGAGGUGGUUCUGAAGAACAAAGAGACUCUGAGGAUCCUGAUUGAACAGAACAAGCUGGUGAUUGCCCCCCUGGUAAGCCGUCAUGAGAAGCUGUGGUCCAAUUUCUGGGGAGCCCUGAGCCCCGAUGGAUACUACGCCCGCUCGGAGGAUUAUGUGGAUAUUGUUCAAAGGAGGAGGGUUGGGCUCUGGAACGUUCCCUACAUCAGCAGUGUUUACAUGGUUAAAGGCAGGGCUCUGCGCUCGGAGCUGGAGCAGGGGGAUCUGUUCCACAGUGGCAAGCUGGAUGCUGACAUGGCUCUGUGCCACAACAUUCGCAGCCAGGGAGUCUUUAUGUACCUGACAAACCAGCAUCAGUUUGGGCACAUACUGUCCCUGGAGAAUUACCAGACAAGUCACCUCCACAACGACCUCUGGCAAAUAUUCAGCAAUCCUGAGGAUUGGAGAGAAAAGUACAUCCAUGAAAACUACACAGCAGCUCUGAAAGGGAAAUUGGUAGAAAUGCCCUGCCCAGAUGUUUACUGGUUCCCCAUCUUCACUGACACUGCCUGUGAUGAGCUGGUGGAAGAAAUGGAACAUUAUGGCCAGUGGUCCACAGGUGACAACACAGACAGCAGAAUACAAGGAGGAUAUGAGAAUGUCCCAACUAUUGACAUACACAUGAACCAAAUAGGCUUUGAAAGAGAGUGGUAUAAGUUUCUUCUGGACUAUAUUGCACCCAUCACAGAGAAGCUGUACCCAGGAUACUACACCAAGACCCAGUUUGAGCUGGCCUUUGUGGUUCGCUACAAACCUGACGAGCAGCCAUCCCUGGUGCCCCACCACGACGCCUCCACCUUCACCAUCAACAUUGCCUUGAACAGGGUGGGCAUUGACUACGAGGGCGGAGGCUGCCGCUUCCUGCGCUACAACUGCUCCAUCCGAGCCCCGAGGAAGGGCUGGAGCCUGAUGCACCCCGGCCGCCUGACGCACUACCACGAGGGGCUGCCCACCACCAGGGGCACCCGCUACAUCGCCGUGUCCUUCCUCGACCCCUAGGGCUCUGCUGCCCUGGCCCUGGCCCUGCUCACCGCUGACUUUGAGUAGAAACAGGGAAUGUUGCUGAAAAUUCCUGAGGCGUUGUUCAGAGAUAUUUGGAUUCGAUUUUUAUAUGAUUUUUAAUGUGAUUUUUAAUGAUAUUCUAAGACUCCGCUGCUGGAGGACUCCACUCUCUGAUACUGCAGGUAAUAUCUAGGAAUAUUGCUGUAGAAGUCCAAAGGAGAUUUUGUGCCUUCAUUUUUGAUUCUGCUCCUCAUCCACUGUUUCUUGAAAGUGCUGUUUACUUGAACUUUCAUCAGUGAUUCAUUGGCUUUAAAAAAUGGUUUUUUGGAACGGAAAUCCAGCUUUUUGGAGGCAAGUUACAAGCUGGAAACCUGAUUUCAUCCACAACAUACACAGGACUGGAUGUUACACAAUAAUUCCUGGACAUUAUUCCAAAUAUAAACCAAUCAGGGAGCUGACUCCAGGAGUCAUAGCAGUUACACCAAAUGAAGCUGAGUUGGAAGAGCCUGAAGAUCAUCUGAUUCCUUACCUCUUUGCUGUCCUUGCAAGCAAAUCACAAAGUUCAAUGUGGCAACAUAGGUGCUUCUGGUUAGCUAAGGGAAGGUCCUCUGAUGGUGCUUUACCUCUGGGUUGGACUGAAGAGAUAAAAAAACCUCCCCUACCUUCUGUUUCUCCAGCUAAGAGCAGCAGGCAUACCCACAUAAAUUCGUGUCAUAUCAAUAUGUAGAUUAAAUGUAAGAAAAGGAAGGCUGGGAACAGCUCCAUCAGUCAGGGGGGCUUCUCUCAGAAUUUUCUGUUCUAUACCAUGUUACAAUAGCCAAAAGCUCUGAUCAGUCUCCAGAUAAUA